AUGCAUCUAAUAGGACCAUCAGGUAAUACCAACAGUUACAGCAAGCCCGGCAGCAACCCCGGCAGCAACCCCAGCAGCAACGCAGGCAGCACUCCCUACAGCAACCCCGGCAGCAACCUGGGCAGCAACCCCGGCAGCAACCCCCACAGCAACCCGGUUAUAGUAGGAUGCCCACAGCAGUUUCUCCUGCUAGUUCUGCUGCAAAGGACACGGGAAGAAAACAAUACAACACCUAAAGUACUCGAGGUCAGGCCCGUAGUCUCCAGCAGCUUCAGGGGUGGUGCUGACAGCAGCUCCUUACCAGCAAAGGUGGCCAGGUCUGAUGGCAACAAGGUUGCUUCACACAGCGACAUUAAGCCUAGAUCACAUAACCCGUCCAUUGGCACACAUACGAAAAGGGUGGCGGAUGACCGUGGCAAGAAUACCUCGGUUGACAAUUCCUACAAGCCGCGUGGCUCACACUCAGCCCUUAAAGGUAGUUACAGAAAGAGGUCCUGGAUAAACAACAGGAGACUGAAAGGCAGUGAAGAUGUAGACAAGGUCACAUCAGAGACCCUUGAACCUGUCAGGGAACCCAAUGAGGAGGGCUACGUUCUUAACGUAACUGGUGAAGAUGAUAGCGGUGAUGACAGCGACACCUCCAGCGGUUGUAGCCAAUAUAGCGGUUCCAGCAGUUCCAGCGGUUCAAGCAGCAGCUCCAGCAGUUCCAGCGGUUCAAGUAGCAGCUCCAGUGACUCUAGCAGAGUGACUGGGGUCAUACCAGAGGCGUACAUUGAACCAUGUGUAUCUGCCAAGCCUGAGACCCGGUGCGUAGAGGAUGCAGCCUAG